GCUGCCUGCAUACCUGUAUUAUUAAAAGGAAAAGAUGUUGCCGCAGAAGCUGUGACAGGUAGCGGAAAGACACUUGCUUUCCUGAUUCCUUUAUUGGAAAUGUUACAGAAACGUGAAGAAAAAUGGAAGAUUACGGAAGUGGGUGCGAUUGUAAUAACACCAACGAGAGAACUUGCCACUCAAUUAAGCGAAGUACUUGAUUACUUCUUGAAAAAUAUCUCAACACUCAAGCAGGUUUUGCUUGUAGGGGGUUCUACUGUCAAAGAUGAUAUUGUUAACAUUAAAAAUGGUGCAAAUAUUAUAGUAGCAACACCUGGGAGAUUAGAAGACAUAUUGUCUAAUUACAAGAGUAUGAACAUAUCAUUAAAUAUUAAAACAGUGGAACUAUUAAUACUUGAUGAAGCAGACAGGCUGUUGGAUUUAGGCUUCUCGGUAACAAUAAACACAAUUUUAAGUUAUCUACCACGUUUGAGAAGGACUGGCUUAUUUUCAGCAACUCAAACUAAGGAAGUACAACAGCUUAUCAGAGCCGGUUUACGAAAUCCAGUAAUAAUAACCGUUCAGGAAAAGCCCAGUUCUUCAAUGCCAUUAACCUUGAAUAACUAUUAUGCUGUAGUGGAUUCAGUAAAUAAGCUUCCAAUGAUAAUAACAUUUAUAAAAAUUAAAGGCAUCCACUUGAAGUAUAUGAUAUUUUUAUCCACUUGUGCUUGUGUGGACUACUUUAAUCACGUUUUAACAUCCAUAUUGCCUUCCAUGAAUGUAUUUGCUUUACAUGGUAAGAUGAAAGGAAAUAGACAUAAAGUCUUUGAACAGUUUCGUUGUGCAGAAAGUGGCCUUUUGAUGUGUACUGAUGUAAUGGCUCGAGGCAUUGACAUACCUGAAGUACAUUGGGUAUUACAGUACGAUCCACCAGCUACUGCUAGCUGCUUUGUACAUAGAUGCGGUAGAACUGCGAGAAUUGGCAACACGGGAAAUUCUUUGCUGUUUUUGCUAGAGUCGGAAGAUGCCUACGUCAACUUUAUCGAGAGAAAUCAAAAAGUCGAUCUUAAGAAAAUUGAAUUAGUGACACCAACAAACGUGGAAGCAACUUUGAAAAAGAUGCGAAGUUUACAAUGCUAUGAUAGACAGAUUUUUGACAAAGCUAACAGAGCUUUUGUAUCGUAUAUUCAAGCGUACAAUAAGCACGAGUGCAGGUUGAUUUUGCGAUUAAAAGAUCUCGAUUUAGGAAAAGUAGCAACUGGAUUUGGGUUAUUGAAACUGCCACGAAUGCCUGAAUUAAAACGGCAAAACGUGACUUUUGAAGGACCACAAAUCGAUUUAAAUACGAUUCCUUACAAAAAUAAACAGAGAGAAGCUCAAAGAUUAGAAAAAUUAAAAGAAUAUCGUAAUACCGGCGUAUGGCCUGGAAAGAAGAAACGCAAAGCACCGGCUACUGAAUCAUGGUCAGAAACUAAAAAACGAAAAUUGCAGAAAAAAGAAAAACGCCAAAAACGUAAAGAAAAGCGAAGUCAAGUGGAACGUUCAUCAAAAAAUAAACGGAAAAAGAUUUGCAACGAAGACAUUGAAGAAUUGGCAAAAGAUAUUGCAUUAAUAAAAAAGUAUAAAAAACGGAAGAUAUCAUCAGAAGAUUUUAAUGCAGCAUUUGGAAUAGACUAAAAAAUUGUAAUUAUUUUUGUUAAUUUUUAUCACAUAUUUUGUGUAACGGUUGGAUAUUCUCCAGAGAGAUGGACUUUAGAAAGAGGACACAAAUCAAUGAGGAGAAACGAAGAAUUCUAAAAGGUCUGUAUAUUAAACAAACAAGAAUAAAUAAAUAAAUAAAUAAAAAGAUGCGCAAAUUAUAAAUAGAAUAAGAAAGAAACCGAGACCAAUACAGAAACAAACUUAAAAGAAUAAAUAAUAAAAUAAUCGCUCUAACGGAAAAUGUAACAAUACAAGAAUAAAUGAAUAUAAGAAUAAAAGGCUACGUCGGAAUAAAAUGAUACAUAAACCGAAAGAUCAAUUAAAAAAAAUAAAAUAGUACGAGAACAAAAACGCAA